GCAAGAACAUUGCCUGUUCCAUAAGGUUUGACAUGCACAGCCGGAUAAAUUGACAUCGCAUUGCAACCAACAGCUAAAAUCAAGCGUAAGAAGUCGGGAAUCGGAAUCAGAGGAGAUGCAGUUUUUUUUGGUGAUGGACUUAUGCUGAGCUCAGCAGCUGCAUUCCUGCGGAGACUUCAUCCGUUUGGUCGUUGUUGUUGCUGCACAGUUUUUCCGCCGUGGAAUUUGUCCAAGCGGAAAAGCGAAAACUAGCAGCACCGCGAAGCCCUCGAAGUGUCUACGAAAAUCGUUAAAAAAUAGAAAAACACUCGGCGACUAUGUCACGACGCGCCUGCUGACCGCCCCUCCGCACCCAGGGAGAUAUUGAGAUUGAGCAAGACCCAAACUACUUUGCCACCCAUUUCACCCAUUUCACCUACUAUAAACCAAACUCAGGAUUCGCAUGGAAAAAGGCACAAUGAAGCGCAAGCAGAGGAGAUAUCGAACCACAUUUAAUACCCUGCAGCUGCAGGAACUAGAGAGGGCUUUCCAGCGGACCCAUUAUCCGGACGUUUUCUUUCGGGAGGAGCUGGCCGUACGGAUAGAUUUGACUGAAGCGCGGGUGCAGGUGUGGUUCCAGAACCGGCGGGCCAAGUGGCGCAAGCAGGAGAAGAUCGGUGGCCUUGGCGGAGAGUACAAGGAGGGAACGCUGGAUCUCGACGUGGCCUACGACGAUAGUGCAGUGCUAGGCCAACUGGACAGUGCGCUUGGCGGAGGAGGAACUUUAUUACCGGAUACCCCGCCGCAGUCUUCCAACUCCCUGGAUAACGAACUGAAGGCUUCCUAUGGUACAGGGACCAUGUCGCCCUCCAGGCUAUCACCGAAUAUUUUUCUGAACCUAAACAUCGACCACCUCGGACUAGAAAGAGGUGGCAGUGGACUUUCCAUGGAAUGGUCCACCUACCCUCCACCUCAAACGCAAGUGCAUACUCAAGCGCAGAUGAAUCCAGAAGAUCAACUCCACCAGCAGCACCCGCCACAACAGCUCCAAAACCAUCAAACACACCAUGAAAACACGAAUGUCCAUAAUCAGCAGCCGAAUUCCCAACAUCCUCAGGGUCUUGAGUUCGCCGCCUCCUUGAAUCUGGACAUGACCGAUGGCUCCUCCGCCUACGAUGAGAUGAAGUUCCUCAGCGUAGACGUGGACCAGUUCACGAUCGACAGCUUCAAGGCGGACUGUAUUCUCAGCAUGGAGCAGUCCCAAAUGCAGUCCUACGUUGGUCACUCCCAGCUGGUCGGAACCUCCAAUGAACUGUGUCUGGAGGGGAUUGGCAUGUCCACCUUUGGCCUGGAAGAGGGCGAGCCCAAGACACCUCCCUCACUUCUGGUGCUGGACAAGACGCUGCCCUCUUUGAGCAUCGGUGUCGAUGGCAUCGCUGAUCUCGUAGAGCAACUGCAUCAUCACCAGCACGAGGGUGGGUCAGUGGGAAGUGGUGUCAUCACUAGCGAUGUUUUGUAAAUCCAACUUAGGUGAAUUCUUUGUUUAGUUAUAUGUAAGCUAAAGUUAAUCCAGUUGUAGGUGUAAUUUGAAAUGCUCCAUCUUCUAUGCGGAAAAGUGGGUGGUUAGAGCGGUAUUCUUGUUUUCUAGUUAAUCGUAGUCACUAAAUUUACAAACAAGCCAGAUCAACCUACCUGAAUACAAAUGUUUCGAAAAGUAAUUGCACGUUUUAAGACUUUAAACAUUACUCUUUCAAAUUCUUAAAAGUUCAUUUCCUGAUUACUUUAGUCAUAAAAAGUUGUUUAAUCUAGGAAAAUCUGUAAUCUAUUAUAAUUAAAAACAACAUUUUUA